AUGUUCUCAGUCGAAUUAGAAAAUCGAUCAGGUUAUAAAAAAAGGAAGAAAAAGAAAUCGAAGAAUAAAAGUACUGGUCAGAAUAAAUUUACAAACCAAAAUAAUAUAUCAGAAAGGAAAGAAGAAGGAGUUGAUAUGAAAUGUGAUAAUAAUAUUCUGAGGGAUAUACAACAUGAUGGUAAAUAUAAUAUAAUAAAUGAACAAAUUAAGGAGAAUGCAUCGUUAUAUUUUAAAUAUAAAGAGAAAAUUAAUUUGGAAGAUGAUAAUAUAACAAUGCAUGAUAAAAAUGUAAUAUUAGAUGAUAAAUAUAUAACUUUUGAUGUUGAUAAAAUAGUAAACCAUCAACAUAAUACACCAAAUAGUGAUAUAUCUAUAAAUUGUAAUAAUAAUAAUAAUGAUGAAAUAAAAGAAAGUAUAAAUAAACAAAAUAAAAAGGAUAUUUUAAUAAGUGAUUAUAUAAAUAAUAAAUAUAUUUUAUCAAAAAAUAAGACAUGUAAAAUAAAUAAAGGAAAAAAAUUAAUUAAAAAAAAAGUAAAUAAAAUUUCUAGGAGGAAUGAUCAUAUAUUAUAUAAAUGUCAUAAUAAGUUAUAUAAUGUUGACAUCUUUUCUCAAGGUACUAGAAAUACAGUCAAUGUGUGUAAUUCGUUAAUUAUACUUCAUAAAAAUGAAAAUAUUAAUAUGGAUAAUAAUGAUGAUUAUGACGAUAUAUAUACAAAAAAUAACAAUAUUGAAGAUAUUAAUUAUACAAAUGAUAAUGUUAUUAAUCCUAUGCGUUGUUAUUACCCCAUAGGUGAUGAUGAUGCAUUAAGCAAAGGUGAAAUUAAAAAAUCAAAUGGAAAAAUUAAUGCUCUAUCUAAUUUUGAUGAUACUAUUAAUGUAAAUAAAAAUGAUAUAGAAAAUAUAGAUAUAAUAAGUAAUAAAGAAAAUAUAGAUAUAAUAAGUAAUAAAGAAAACAUAAAUAUAGUAAGUAAUCAAGAAAACAUAAAUAUAAUAAGUAAUAAAGAAAACAUAAAUAUAAUAAGUAAUAAAGAAAAUAUAAAUAUAAUAAGUAAUAAAGAAUGUUGUUAUAAUGAUGAACAGAAGGAAGAGAAAAAUAACAUUUAUAAUUCAAAUUUCGUAGAAGGAAAAAACAAAAAAAUGAUUUAUACUUCUCUUAAUGUAUUACCAAUAGAUAGGUUACUUAAAAAUGGACAUGAUGAAAUUAAUAAGGAGAUAUAUAAAAAAAAAAAAAGUUUUUUUUUUAGUUACAGUGAUAUAAAGUCUAAAAUGUUAUACAAUAAUAAAAAUUAUUCAAAGAAAGAAAAAGUAUUAUAUACAAAUAAUAAAAACAAUAAUACGUUCAUUCCUAUAUUUUUAAAUAAGAUAGGAGACAAGAUUAAUAACACUGAGGAUAUAUAUGAUAUGUAUAAUAAAAAAAAUAUAUAUACACAUGAUAAGAAGAUAUAUAAUAAUAUGUAUUCUAAUAAAUUAAAAAAGAAAUAUUAUUAUAGCACUACUAAUAUAAAAUUAUUAAAUGAUAAUAUGGGAAGGGUAUUAGAUAAUAGACUACAUUUAUCAAAUAAUAUGUAUCAUGAUUUACAUUCAAAUUCGUUAUAUAAAAAUGUCAUGUUGAUUAAUAACAAUGUUUUUUUUUAUAAAAAGAGGAAAAGUAAUAGUAAUAAUAAUAGUAAAAAAAAUCAUAUGAUCAUUAAUAAAAAAGUAUCAUCUUAUAAUAUUUUUUAUAAAGAAAGGAAUGAUUCGUUUAAAGAGAAUUUUUUAUUUUUAAAAGAGAAAAUCUUAACAUCGAAAAAAGGUACUUGUGUAUUUGAAGAAAGGAAAAAAGAUCUUUUUGAAAAAAGUAAUGAACAUAUUAAAUGUGUUUCUUCUUUUAAUAAUAUACGAGAUAAUAUUUCUUCAUAUUCAAGAGUAAAUAAGGAAGGAUAUUUUUUCCCUUUAAAAAAUAAUUCUAUAGGGCAUAUACCAAAAGAAAAUAAUAUAAUAUAUACACCUAGGACAUCUUUUAAUCAUGUAAAGGAUAAGGAAAAUAUUGCUCUUCUUAAAAAAAAGGAAAUAGAUGAUAAGAAUGCACCUAGUUCUUAUUUAAUAAACCAGAAUAUAACAACAUAUACAUCACAAAGUGAAGUAAAUAAAAAUUUAAAUAUGUUAGGAGUAAGAGAUUCAAUUUAUAAAAUAGAUGAAAGGAACAAUAUGUUGAAAGAAUGUUAUAAUGGAAAUAAUAAUAAUAAAAAAAAAAAGAAAAAAAAAAAAUUGUCUUUUUCAUGUGAUAUUAUAAAUGAUAAUAUAACACCUGAUGAAUCAGAUAAGGAGAAAGAUAUUUCUAAUAAAGUUAAGAGCAUGGAAAUAUUUAAUUAUGUAAAAAUAAAAGGCAAUCUUUAUAAUAAUUUAUCUUCAAACAAGGAUCCUAUCCCAGAUAUUCAUAAUAAAUAUCAUAGUGAAGAUUAUUUAAAUAUACAAAGGACAAAUAAAAUAUAUGGAUUAAAUAAUGAAAAAUAUAGAAAUUAUAAAUUGUAUAGUAUGGAUGAAAUAUUUAAGGUGUCUUGUAAGGAAAAGAAAUAUAUAAAUAAUAUUUCUAAUAAUAUAGAAAGGGUAACAUAUAAAAAUGAUAUGAGGAAUGAAAAGAUAAAUAAGAUGGAAGAUCUAUUAUACCCUUGUGACAAAAAUAAAUCUUUAAACAUUACUUGUUCUGUUAUAAGAGAAAAUAAUGUAUCAAAAGAAGAAAUUAAAAAAAAUUCAAGUGUUAUAUUAAAUAAAAGGAAUAAUGGGUUUAUGUUUAAUAAUGUUGGAAAAUUACAUUAUCAUAUAGACAAAAUGAAGAGUCAAGAUAAAAUAUAUGACCAAGGAAAUAUAAAACAAAAUGAAGAACAAACAAUCAAUUAUAAUGAAUAUACAUCAAUGGAGGAAAAAAAUAAAUAUGAUAAUAAAUGUAUUAGAAAUUUGGAUGACUAUAAAUAUGAAGAAGUGUUGAGUUACCACCUUACGUUGGAUGGAGACAAAAAAAAUAAUUAUAUGAACAAUUUGAUAGAUAUGAAUAAUGCGGGGAUUAUUGAAACGAUGAAUGGAGUUAUUGAUAAUAUUAUAUUGAAUAGAAAAAAUAUUAACAGUAGGAAGGAUAUGGAAGAGGAGAUGAAGAAUGAGAUGGAAAAUAACAUAGAUAGAGAAAUUGAGCAUGAAAUUGAAAGACAAAUUGAAAAUGAAAUUGAAAGACAAAUUGAGAAUGAAUUAGAAAGAGAAAUUGCGAAUGAAAUAAAUAUUUAUAAAAAGAACGAAACAUAUAUAAAUAAUGAUAAAGAAAUAGAUAUUGUAAAUGAGGAGAAAAAUAAUAUCUAUCCAUUUAAUUACGAAUCCAAUAUACAUGAAAAUGUGAAUAUAUCAAUUAAUAUAAAUAAUUCUAAAAAUUGUCAUAAUAAUAUAUUAAAAGAAUAUGUAGAAAACGUUUCUCUUGUUCAAAAGGAGGAGAAUAUAUUUCAACCUUUAUUAAAUUUAAAUAAGAAAGAAAAAGUAUGGAAACGUUUUAAUAUAAAGAAUAAUAUAAAGACAAUAAUAAAUAAUGAAGAAAUGAAAAGAAUAUAUCAAAUUAUUAAUAAAAAUGUUUUUCCUAUUUAUAAUUUUAAUGAAAAUAAAAAUUUUUUAAUAAAUCAUUUAACAUAUAAUUUUCCAAAAAAAAAUGAUUUAUUUAAAUUAUCAUACAAUGUAAGUAUGAAUAAUAUAAAGAAUUAUUAUACUGCUAAUAGAUAUAUAAAUAAUAAUUUUGAUUAUAUGAAUAGAUUAUUUAGUCAAAAUAUAUAUACAUUAAAAUAUCAGGUAGCUAAUAUAGAUAAUGAUCAUAUAUAUAAAGAAGGGGGAGGGAUGCAUUAUAUAAAUAUGAAUAUAUCAAAAGAAUGUAAAAAUAAUAAAGACAAAACGUAUUUAAAUAAAAUAUUUCAUUAUAAGAAGAAAAAGGAUUCACGAUUUAUUAUAAAUGAUGAAAUUGGUUCUAAUGAUUAUAUAGAUAAUAUAAAAAAAAAAUAUAAUAAUGAUGAAAAUAAUUAUAAAUCAAGAGAAAAUAUGAAGAUAUCUAUAUCAAAUGAUGAGGAUAUAAUUACUAAUUUAGAUAUUGAACAUGAAAAUAAUUUUCCAAGUUGUCAAGCGAACUUAUUAGAAAAAAAAAGUACUUAUAUAGAUUUGAAUUUAUAUGAUAGUAAUGGUAUGGAUGAUUUUAGAGAAGAAAAAUAUAAUUUUAUUAAUAAUGAAAAUGAUUUAUUCAAUGCUAAAAGGUGGAAAUUUAAUUUUUCUAAGGGUAAAAAUCUUUUUAAUAAUAAGUUGUUUAAUGUAGCUAAUGAGGAUGGUUUGUUUUCUUUUUUAAAAAAUAUGAACAUUUUUAAGGAACUUAAUAAAUCAAAUAAUAGCUUAAAAUUGGAAGUAAUAAAAAAUAGUAAUAAUAAUUGUAGGAACAAUAAGGGUGAUGAUAAUAGUUCAAAUAUGGAGCAUAUGAAUACAACAAACAUGACAAUUACGAGUGAUGAACAUACAUCAACAAAGGGAGUAAUACACGAUGAAUCAUUUCAUAGAGAUGAUAAUGAUUGUAGCCAUUUAAAACUUCAAGGUAGAAGUAAAAAAGACAGUGACAUAACUUUAUAUAAUGAGGAUAAAAGUAAUUUUGAGAAUGAUAAUGAGACUAUUAAUGAAUAUGAAAAUAUAUAUAGUAACCUAGAUAUAAAUGAAUGGAAAUAUAAGAUAAAUGUUGCAUGUAAUAGUAUUGUUGAUAAAGAGACUGAAGAUGAUAAUGAAAAAAAUAAUGAUAUAGAAAAGAAUAAUAUAAAAGAUAAUAAUUUGGGAGAAGAGAAUAAACAUAUAAAUAUUAUGAAUAAUAGCAUUAAUAUUGAUAGUGAUAAUAACAAUAAGAAUGACAAUAAGAAUGACAAUAAGAAUGACAAUAAAAAUGACAAUAACAAUAACAAUGAAAAUAACAAUGACAAUAACAAUAACAAUAACAAUGAUAAUAGUACUGGUGAAGGUAUAAAAAUGAUUAAAAAUAUCAAAAGUGAAAUGAAUGAUUAUAUAUAUAAUCAUAAUAUUAUGAUUAAGAUAAAUAAUAAAAGUAUAGAUCUUAUGAAUGAAAAAAAUCAAAAGAAUGAACCUUUUUUAAAUUAUGCAAAUGAAAAGGAUAUACAUAUUAAGAGUAAUUCUUCAUAUAAUAUAAAUGAUAAAAUGAAAUUAUUUAAUAAUAAUGAGAAAACAGAAAAAAAACAUACUAGUUUAAACGAGUUAUUAUAUAACAAAAAAGAAGAAUUAGAUGAUGAAAAAAUAUCUGAAUAUAAAGAUACAAAUUUAACAAACAAUACAUUUGAAGAUAUAGCUAAAAGGAUUAAUUUAAUUUUGAAUGACACUAUUGAAUUUUUUCAAAAAAAUACAUAUCUUCAUAAUGGAUAUGGUAAUGUGCAAGUGUGCAAAAAGAACAAGAGGAAAUUAAAAAAAAAAAAGUUGAAAAAAUGGUCCUGUAUUUAUAAAAUUAAUAAAAUUAUACGUAAGGGGGCCCAUGGGGUGGUAUUUUCUGCGUGGCGAAGUGAGAAUGUUGAUUUUUUUAAUCCUGCGUUUUUUGAAAAAAUAUAUAUGGAGAAUAAAAAGAAGGGAUAUAUAGAAGAAUCAAAUAUUAAUGAAAAUUAUGAGUGUGAUAAUGAAUAUGAUAAUGAUGAAGAGGAGACUGAAAGUGAUGAUGAUGAGGUUGAUAUGGAAAGUGAUAAUGAUGAUGAGCAAAAUAAAGAGAAUGAAAAAAGUGAUGAGAACUGUGCAUAUGUAUUAUUAGAAAAUGGUAACAAAAAUGAAAAGAUGUACGAAUCGGAUAAGAAUCAACAAAUAAAUGAAGCUAAUAAUAAUGAAAAAAUAAAUGAAGCUAAUAAUAAUGAAAAAAUAAAUGAAGCCAAUAAUAAUGAACAAAUAAAUGAAGCUAAUAAUAAUGAAAAAAUAAGUGAAGUUAAUAAGAAUCAACAAAUAAAUGAAGUUAAUAAUAAUGAACAAAUAAAUGAAGCUAAUAAUAAUGAAAAAAUAAAUAACUUCAACUAUCAUAAUAUGAUUCAAAAUACUUAUAAUGAUGACGAUUAUUAUGAUGAAGAUAAUUUGGUGUCCUUGAAAAUAAUAAACUUAAAAUAUUUAAGUAAAAAGAAUAGUUUAAAAAACAUUUUGAGAGAAGUAAAUUUUUUACAAAUGUGUAAACAUCCCAAUAUAGUAAAAUAUUACGAAUCUUUUUUUUGGCCUCCUUGUUAUUUAGUUAUUGUAUGUGAAUAUUUAUCAGGAGGAACUUUAUAUGAUUUAUAUAAAAAUUAUGGUAGGAUAUCAGAAGAUCUAUUAGUAUAUAUAUUAGAUGAUGUAUUGAAUGGAUUAAAUUAUUUACAUAAUGAAUGUAGUUUAUCUCUUAUACAUAGAGAUAUAAAACCAACAAAUAUCGUUCUUUCUAAAGAUGGUAUAGCUAAGAUAAUUGAUUUUGGUUCUUGUGAGGAAUUGAAAAAUAUUCAUAAGUCUAAAGAAUUAGUAGGUACUAUAUAUUAUAUAUCACCUGAAAUAUUAAUGAGAACUAAUUAUGAUUGUUCAUCUGAUAUAUGGUCAUUAGGGAUUACAAUAUAUGAAAUUGUUUUAUGUACUUUACCAUGGAAAAGAAAUCAAUCAUUUGAAGAUUAUAUAAAAACUAUAAUUAAUUCAUCACCAAAAAUUAAUAUAACCGAAGGAUUUAGUAAGCACUUAUGUUAUUUUGUUGAGAAGUGUUUACAGAAGAAACCUGAGAACAGAGGAAAUGUAAAAGAUUUAUUAAAUCAUAAAUUUCUGAUUAAAAAGAGAUAUAUUAAAAAGAAACCUAGUUCUAUAUAUGAAAUAAGAGAUAUAUUAAAAAUAUAUAAUGGUAAAGGUAAAACGAAUAUAUUCCGAAAUUUCUUUAAGAAUCUUUUUUUCUUCAAUGAUAAGAAUAAAAAAAAAAAAACAAAUAAAAUGAUAAGUUCCAAAUCUUGUGAUGCAGAAAUGUUCUUUGAACAGUUAAAAAGAGAAAAAUUUGAUUUUUUUGAAAUUAAAUUAAAAGAUGAUGAAAAUACUAGAUCCUUGAAUACAUUCAAUAUAAAUAUAUCUAAAGAAAGAGACGACAUAUCAUAUUCUUCUUCAAAUUUGGAAAAAACAAAACAGCAGAAUCUUAAAAUGGUAGUCUCUGUUGUCGGGACUGAACAAUCACACAAAUGA